AAUGAUUCCGAAUCCUUAUUCACUCGCCUCCAUCGAGUCCAAAUUCGAACUUGGGCACAUUGGAAAUAAUGAAAAACAAAAGCCCAUAUACCUCCACCACCUAGAACAGCCUCCAUCGCUACUGCAUCGGGGAUAGAGAGAGAGAGAGAAGAUGCCAUUGCCAAUUCGCAGUGUUACAGCCUCUGGAAUCACCACCCCAUCAACGCCCUCUCUGCUUUAUCUCCUUUAUUUUUAUGCCUGUCUUGCUUAUUUAAAAAUCCAAGCUUUUUAACUUUUUGCCAAUUGUUACUGGUUUGCAGUGAGGCUUCCAAAUAGAGAUUGAGGAAUAAAGCAACCAACAAAUCAAAAGGGGAGAGAGAGAGAGAGAGAGAGAGAGAGAAGCGAGUAAAGGCUUUCAGAGGGUGGUUUUUGGCUUUCUCUCUAAUGCUUUCUAUUUGAACUUGCCUGUUAAGUUUAACUAUUUAAGAUAGUUUAAGCUUGCAAUUUUUUUUUUCUUUUCUCCCGCUAAACCUGAAAUGCUGUUUGGUUUUAGUUAUAUUAGAAUUGGUAUAACCCAAGUCAGACCUAUCAAGAAGAAUGGUUUCUUUCGGUUUGGUGCGCGUGUUCAAGGCGUUAAGAUUGAUUACGAUGGAAAAGGGCUGACCUUUUCUAAACCCAUAGGCUAUUUUUUUGCAUGUCCAUUAACAUUUGAUCGAGUUGUUGCGGUUUUCUCAUCAUUUAGUACGAGAAGUGGCCAUGGUUCUCGUUGUAGCAAUGAACUCGAAGUUCAUUCUGUAAAAGAAUAUGGAGUUCAUAAUGCCAAUGAUGGGUAUGAUAGAUUUAGGAAAACGGGUCCUGGGGAUUCUGGGAAUAGGAGUUUCUUUGGAUGUCCUGAGGGUGACUCUGGAUAUAAUCCAGGGUCCAAUUUUGACAAUUUUGAUGAGGUUGAGGACUCUGAUAACAGUGAUGAUGAAGAAGGAGAGGAUGGUAGUGAUAAUGAUGAUUUUUUAGUGUUGAGUUCGUUUAAUAGGAAUAGUGAACAAAAAGAUGUUAGGACAUUUGACGGAGAUGAGGAGGACUUUAGACACCCUCUGGUGAGAGAAAUUUGUAGGUUAAUUGAACUUAGGUCGAGUUGGAACCCAAAGCUGGAAGGGGAAUUAAGACACUUGUUAAGAAGCCUCAAGCCCAGGCAGGUCUCUGCUGUUUUGCAGUCUCAGGCUGAUGAACGAGUUGCUUUGAAAUUUUUUUAUUGGGCUGAUCGGCAAUGGCGAUAUCGACACGACCCUAUUGUGUACUAUACUAUGCUUGAGGUCCUCAGUAAGACUAAGUUAUGUCAGGGUGCUAAGAGGGUUCUGCGGCUCAUGGCCCGUAGAGGAAUUUGGCGCUCACCUGAAGCAUUUGGUUAUCUGAUGGUGUCAUAUAGCCGAGCAGGCAAGUUAAGGAAUGCAAUGCGGGUUUUAACCUUGAUGCAAAAGGCAGGGGUUGAACCCAAUCUGUCCAUAUGUAACACUGCGGUUCAUGUUUUGGUGAUGGGGAAUAAAUUGGAAAAAGCAUUGAGGUUCUUGGAACGCAUGCAAAUUGUUGGCAUCGGACCAAAUGUUGUCACUUAUAACUGCCUGAUAAAAGGGUAUUGUCAAGUGCAUAGGUUUGAAGAUGCCAUGGAGCUGAUUGCUGAAAUGCCACCUAAGGGUUGCUCCCCAGAUAAAGUUAGCUACUAUACUGUAAUGGGUUUUCUUUGUAAGCAAAAAAGGAUGAAAGAAGUCAGGGAAUUAAUGGGGAAGAUGAAGGAUGGAGGAUUAUUACCUGAUCAGGUUACUUAUAAUAAUCUUAUCCAUAUGCUUUCCAAGCAUGAACAUGGAAAUGAUGCGCUUGAAUUAUUAAGGGAAGCUGAAGAGAGGGGAUUUCGUAUUGAUAAGGUUGGUUAUAGUGCAAUAGUUCACUCAUUCUGUAAGGAGGGUAAGAUAGACAUGGCAAAAGAAAUUGUGAGUGAGAUGUUCUCAAAGGGUUGCAUUCCAGAUGUUGUAACCUACACUACUGUUCUUGAUGGGUUUUGUCGGCUCGGGCAGGUGGAUCAGGCUAAAAAGAUGCUUCACCAGAUGCGCAAGCAUGGGUGUAAGCCAAAUACUAUAUCGUAUACAGCCUUAUUAAAUGGGCUUUGCAAGAGUGGGAACGCUAUGGAGGCAAGAAAGAUGAUGGAUAUGAGUGAGGAAGAGUGGUGGACUCCAAAUGCCAUAACUUAUAGUGCUGUGAUGCAUGGAUUGCGUAGGGAGGGUAAGUUGGUCGAGGCCUGUGAGCUGGUCAAAGAGAUGGUUCAAAAGGGGUUUUCUCCAACCCCAGUUGACAUAAACUUAUUUAUUCAGUCUCUUUGCCGAGAGGAGAAAAUGGAUGAGGCUAAAAGGUUUCUUGAGUGGUGUCUGAACAAAGGGUGUGCUGUUAAUGUUGUCAAUUUUACCACUCUUAUUCAUGGAUAUUGUCAAAAGGAUGACUUAGAGGCCGCUUUGUCAUUGCUUGAUGACAUGUAUCUUAUCAACAAACAUCCUGACACAGUCACAUAUACAACAGUCAUCAAUGCAUUGGGAAGAAAAGGUAGAAUAGAAGAGGCAACUGAACUUACUAAGAAGAUGCUGGGGAAGGGUUUGGAUCCCUCUCCUGUGACAUACAGGACGGUUAUCCAUUGGUAUUGUCUGAUGGGUCGGGUGGAUGAUUUGUUGAAAUUAUUAGAAAGAAUGCUUUCAAGGCAAAUGUGCCGAACAGCAUAUAAUCAAGUUGUUGAGAAGCUUUGCAAUAUUGGAAAUCUUGAGGAGGCUGAAAAACUUUUGGGUAAGGUAUUAAGAACAGCUUCAAGAAUUGAUGCUAAUACAUGUCAUGUUCUUAUGGAUAGUUAUUUGAGCAAAGGGUUUCCUCUGUCAGCUUAUAGAGUGGCUAGUAGAAUGUUCAGUCGAAAUUUGAUUCCUGAUUUAAAGUUAUGUGAGAAGGUGAGUAAAAGACUGAUGUCAGAAGGAAACUCAAAGGAGGCUGAUAGCCUUAUGUUAAGGUUUGUAGAGCGUGGAUGUUUAUCUCCCCCAGCAGCAUGAGCAUACGCAAGGCCAACAGGGAAUUAUAAUCUAAGGAUGAGACAUCAGUUUUUCCCUCAAUCAUCUGUGCUAUUCAAACUCUGUUUUCAAGGGCUUCAUCGUGCGGAAAUAAUAUGCAGGUUGCCUAGCUUUUGGGUACUAAAUUUCCCACAACUAUUUGUUGGAAGUUGAUAGAGAAACUCUGGAGUUUUCUCAGACCAACGAAAAGUGGUCAUAUUUUCAAGCGGAUCGCUACGAGUGGCUUAAGUGAGGUACAUGGCAUGAGAUUUCAGAGGCAUUACUGGCUAUACAACCUUCGUCAAAUACGAAGGUAAGGGCUUUCAGUGGCUGUUCGAUUCUAUACAUCUCCCUCAAACACCAGUGAAAAUGGACCAUGCCUUUGUCGACCAUGAAAAAAGGGACUUUGCUUUGUUUGUUUAUGAAAAGGGACCAAACCAAACAUGCACAAUCUGGAAUAAUUGAGAAAGAAAAUAACGGCAACGGUAGGUGGAAAAUUAAUGGUGGGGCUUUAACACUUAUUUUUUUGCAUAUUUUUGGAGGAAGAGUUUAGAAAAAAAGGGAGUGUAUUUUUCCUUCUUUGUUAAAUGUUGAAAGAAACCAUAUGGAACCAUAUAACAUGUCUGCGUCGUGGCCGACCUACGUACCUAGCUGCCCACUUUCAAAUGCAUUCCAUUAUUUGUUAUUCAAUAAUCUUUGUUUAAUCAAGAAUAAUAUUGCAUGA